AUGGUCUCUGUUGAGAGGAUUAAGCAAUUCACAAAUAUUCCAUCAGAAGCGGCAUGGAAGAUAAAGGAUAGGGUUCCUCCUCCAAACUGGCCUGCCCAUGGCAAUGUUGAUAUAAAAGACUUGCAGGUUAGAUAUCGUCCAAACACUCCUCUGGUUCUCAAGGGCAUCAAUCUCAGGAUUCAAGGGGGAGAGAAGAUUGGUGUUGUUGGACGUACAGGGAGUGGAAAGUCAACUAUGAUCCAAGUCUUCUUUAGGCUGGUGGAACCAACAGAAGGAAAAAUAAUUAUUGAUGGAAUUGACAUCUGUAUGUUAGGGCUCCAUGAUCUCAGGUCUCGUUUUGGCAUAAUUCCUCAAGAGCCUGUCCUCUUUGAAGGAACCGUGAGAAGCAACGUGGAUCCUGUUGGACAGUAUAAAGAUGAGGAGAUAUGGAAGAGUCUUGAACGCUGUCAACUGAAAGGUGUUGUGUCUACAAAACCCGAAAAACUUGAUUCUCCAGUGAUUGACAACGGAGACAACUGGAGCGUGGGGCAAAGGCAGCUUCUUUGUUUGGCAAGGGUUAUGCUAAAGCAUAGUCAUCUGCUGUUUAUGGAUGAAGCAACUGCUUCAGUUGAUUCUCAAACUGAUGCUGUGAUUCAGAAGAUUAUUAGAGAGGAAUUUGCCGAUUGUACGAUUAUCAGCAUUGCUCACAGAAUACCCACAGUCAUGGACUGUGACAGGGUUUUAGUUAUCGAUGCAGGGUGGGCAAAAGAAUUUGAUAAACCCUCUCGGUUACUGGAGAGGCCAACACUGUUUGGGGCAUUGGUUCAGGAAAACCAGAGAGCCAGAGAUGGGAGGGUCAAGAAGGAAAUCCAAGAAGUCAAGGCCAAAAGUACGGGUGGCUCUCCCAAAGAAAAACCACACGUGUUCAAGCCAGCCUUCAACUUCCCUCCAAAGCUUCGCUGUCUUGCUGGCGCCGACAUCUCUAAAUGGGACGAUAAGGCCAGUGUUAUCCAAAACUACAAGUCUUUUGGCGUCGUUUCAAACCCUAACUUCCUUGGCAUCAGGUUCCGCACUUCUCAUAUCAUCGAGACCGAAUCUCUCCAAGUCCCUCCGCCCCAGGAACCAGUGGAUGAUGGGUCCGCAGAUGAGUUCGAACCCAUGGAUUCUGGCAGUGACCUCGAAGAAGAUGAUUUGAAAUCUGCUCUUGGGAAGAAGCGUAGAGAUGGGGAACAUGCACCUUUGCAACCAUUGACCAAAAUGCAGCGUGUUCAUAUCAGUCAGCUUGUUGAGAAAUAUGGAGAUGACUACAGGGGUAUGUUCAUGGACACAAAACUAAAUGCCAUGCAGCAUUCAGUUGCAACUCUUGAGAAAUUGUGCAAAAGAUAUCACAUGCAUAAAGAGAAAAAUCCCUUGAUAAGAAGUAUUCAAGGUCAUUGA